CGUCGCUAUCCAUGAAUAUCUACCAAUCAUAUGGCUUUUCCCAACUGGGAACACACUUACGGAACGGAAUCCGAGCGCAAAGAUCCAAGCGACCAUGGCGGCGAACCAGAGCAUCAAGGAGCUGAUGGCGGCCGAGACCAAGGCCUCCAAGGUCAUCAGCGAGGCGCGUCAAGAACGUGGCGAGCGACUCAAGCAGGCCAAGCUGGAGGCGGAGGCGGAGAUCACGGCCUACCGCAAGCAAAUGGAGCGAUCAUUCCAGAUGAAUGGCAACACUGAUGUAAGGGAAACAUUAGCCAAUAGCUCAGAUUUUAUACUGAGGGUAUUUCUUGUUACUGUAGCUGAUGGGAGAUGAUCCGAGCAUUCUGGAGGAGGAAACCCAACGCGAGAUCAAGAAGAUGCAGGCGGAGUUCCAACAGAACAAGCAGUCGGUCAUCACCAUGAUGGGACAGCACGCUGUUCGCGUGCAGCUUCGUGUGCCGGAGGCGCGUAAGGUUUAAUUGGGAGACGGAACUGCAGAUAUCGAGGUCCGAGACAAAGACCGCUGCGUAGUGAGCGUCUUCCUCCUUGAAUCACAAGAUACAUUUUUAUCGUGGUGUUCCGUGUUUGGAUAAUUAUUGAAACACUUCUGGGCACCUUGAAAAUAUUGUACCGGUAGUAUAAAACAUGAGUUACUAAAGUUAGUUAGUUCAUAGCGAAAAAUACGUUCAUUUGCGACUCUCACGUAUGCUCUAGUUGGUGCAAUGGACUCGGAAGUCUUUGUUUUGCUUUGCCAAGGCAUUCGUUGACAGAUAAUACAAUGUUGGUAAUAAGAUCC